AUGGGUCGUGCCCCUUAUUGCACGGAAAUGGCCAAGGCAGGCAGCAGCCAACGCAAAAUCGCACAGUACUUGGGACGAACUAAAACAAUCGUGUUUAAUGCCCUCAACGACCGCAAAAAAUCCGAAUCGACUGGACACCCAAGGAAAACGACCGCGAAAGAUGAUUGUGUCAUAAUGCGGGCCUCCAAGAAGGAUCCCUUCAAGGCCUUGAAAAAGAUCCGGGUCGAACUGAACUUGGCCGUGAGUUCCUUGACAGUUCAGAGGCGGCUGGUGGAGCGAGGGCUAGGUGGUAAAAGCUUCCGGAAGUUCCCGAUGUUGACGCCAAAACAUCUGAAGGCGAGGAUGAUGUUCGCACUAAACCAUUUCGAUGUGAUCGGUCCGGAGAAGGAGAAGCAGUGGCGAAAUAUACUGCGGUCGGAUGAAACGAAGGUAACCUCAUCGGCUCGGACGGAAAAACUUGGGUUCAUCGCCCAAUAG